AUGCCACAAAAAUCGAUCUUUCGCCAACCAGGCGCAAAACAUUUCCAACUUGUUCAUCGCUCACAACGAGACCCGCUUAUCAACGACCCAGAUGCUAGCAAACAUGUUCUCAAAGAAUUCGAACGAGAGAAUACCAAGAAGGGCAAAUCUCGCGCAGACCUUGAAGCCCUUCUGGACUCGUCAGAGAUAGCAGAUCAAAGGCGUAAUAUUGGCGAGGCUGCAUCGUACGGUGUUUAUUACGAUGACACUGAAUACGAUUACAUGCAACAUCUUCGCCAAGUUGGAAUCCAAGAGGAUGGCGUUGAAAGUAUGCUUAUCGAAGCACCAGCAACUUUGAGCAAAAAAUCUCAGGCUCGAACAAAGAGGCACGACGGAAUCGAGUUAAUAGAUCUUCCGGAAGGCGUGCUAGCUUCCACCUCUGAACUUCCCAGAACGUACGAGUCGCAACAGGCUAUUCCAGAGAGUAUAGCAGGGUUCCAGCCGGAUAUGGAUCCUCAUCUUCGGCAAGUUCUGGAGGCACUUGAAGACGAUGCUUUUGUCGACGACGGGCUCAAGGACGAUUUUUUUGGUGAACUUAUAGCAGAUGGAGCAAGGGGGAGCGAUGAGGCCUUCGACUUUGAAUUUGAGGAGGACCAUGAGGGAGCAGUGGAUAAGGAAGAAGAGGGAAAUGAUGAAAGCACUUGGGAGGGUAGAUUCGCGAAAUUUAAACAAGAUCAUCGCAAUGAAGCACAAAGUGACGACGGAUAUGAUUCAGAAGGCCAAGAUACCAUAGGCAAAUUACCCGAAACAUCUGUCAUUGGAGGGAAGAGGCGGAAAAGAACCAGUGAUGCAUCUGGCUAUAGCAUGAGCAGUUCUUCGAUGUUCCGAAACGAGGCUUUACAAACCCUCGACGAACGCUUUGACCAGAUGAUUCUCAAACAAUAUAACGAGGACAACGACAACGAGGAAGAUCUCUCUGACGAGGAUCCCGACACUGACGAGGCCCCAGAACUCAUAACCUCUCGUGAAGAUUUUGAUUCUAUGGUUAAGGAAUUCUUGAACGAUUUUGAGAUCCUGGGCCGGAAGAUGAGACCUAAACUUGAAGGGGAAAGUGGGGUGGAUAAGCUGGACUCAUUGCGACGAGCGAUGGGACGUGAUGAACGCGUAAGAGUGGAGGACGACGACAAGGAAGAGAAUUAUGAUGACCUGCUGCUCUCAGAGGAUGAAGACAAGAAAGAUCGUUGGGAUUGCGAAACAAUAUUGACAACCUACUCGAACCUCGAAAACCACCCACGUCUUAUUCGUGCUCGCGAUCAAAAGCCUGUGCCCAAAGUUUUGCUGGAUCGAAAAACUGGCUUUCCGGUGCUUGCUCCUACAAAAUCUCUCGAAAACAAGUCAACGGAGCGUCGCGUUUCCUUGAGAUCAUCCUCUGGGACGGAAGGAUCUGAUGAAUCCGAUUCUGAGUCAUUAACCAAUGGACAUCGACGAACGAUAGCAAGACCUCGCAAUGAAGAUAAAGAGGACAAGAAAGCAAGAAAGACAGCGGUGAAGGCGGAGCGACAAACACGAAGAGCUGAGAAGAAGACGACAAAAGUACAAUUUGGUGCAGAGGUAAAGGACCAGAUGAAAAGAAUUGUUAACAAGGAAAAGAGAUUGAAAAAGCUGUAA